GUGUCGGCCUACGGGGAUUCGCAGCAGUACCUGGAGUGCUUCAACCUGGCUGUGCUGGUGGUGCACAACUUGGCGGUGCAGGCCAGCAACCUGAGCCUCCUCCACAGCGAGCCGCGCAUCCUCAUGGUGCUGCUGGAGGUGAUGCCAGCGGACGCGACCUCGCCGUCCUUGCGGCGCCUGAUCUUCUCGACCCUGACGUGCCUUUGUCAGGAGCCGGCAGUCUCAGGGCGCAUCUUCCAUGCCAUGGCGGACUUCUUCCAGAACUGCCAGAAGACGGACUCCUCCCUCCACAAGUACAUCAUGUGCUGCGCCAACCUCUACUACACCAGCAUGUCCCGGGACGAGGUGAAGCCCGACCGGGGCAUGCUGAUGUUCGUGUCGCGGAUCUCCGCGGAGGAGGACGCCAUGGUGUCGCGGCGGGCGCUCAUCGAGAUCCUGCACGGCAUGUCGCAGGCGCCCAGCGAGCAGCGCCGCAAGUUCCUGAGCCGCGAGAUCCUGGUGCUGGCCAGCAGCUACAUGGAGAACUUCCCGGAUAUCCAGAUCCGUGCCUUCGAGUCCUUGUACUUCUGCACGUUGGGCGCGUGCGCGCCGGAGCUGUGGUCGGACCUGGAGAUCCUGCCGCGCAUGGUGCGGGCCGCCGGGGCCGCGCAGAACGCCGCGGAGGCCGAGGCCGGCGAGGAGCUGCGGCGCCACGCGGACGCGCUCUGGGAGAUCGCGCUGCGGACGCUGCACCACUGCCUCCAAUACGAGGUCUUAGUGCAGCAGAUGCGGAUCCCUGACCUGGACCGAUACCUCAUGGAGCUGCUGGUGGACGGCCGGAAGCCCCCGGAGCUGUCGAAGGUGGCCGCUGAUCUGAUCGCCGGGCUGCUGCAGUCCUCCAUCUCUGUGAACCUUUGGACCCGGUGGCGUGGCCUCGGCGUGGGCGAGCGCCUCGUGGGCUGGUUCAAGGUGCAUCGCAAGAAGUUGGAGCCCGAGGACCCCCAGCGGGCGGUCCAGCCCUCCGACAGCCUGGAUGCCAUGCUCCACAUGGUGCUGUUCGCGGUGGAGGUGGACGUGUCCAUGGUGGUGGCGCUGGUGGCGGAGGACGUGCUCGGCUGCAUCGCGCAGCGGCUCCAGGAGCUCUCGGAGAGCUACGAGCGCUGGAACGCGCUGCAGGGGGGCCACCUGCUGACGGAGGACCUGGAGGCAGAGCGCGCCCACAUGGCCCCGCACGAGCUGCUUCCAGGACAGCGCCGCCCCUCUGCAGACGAGGUGGCGAAGGCCGAUGCUUCCUUCAGGAUCAUCGCCCAGCUGCUCACAGCCCUGGUGGCCAAUGAGCACGGUUUAUCAGCCAUGGCAGCGAUGAAUCUGGAGGCGCCUUUGGUGGCGCUGCUGGAGCUGCCCACGGCCACGCUGCGGGUGCCCGUGAUGCUGGUGCUCUGCGCCAUGAGCUCCAACAAGGCGAGCUGCCAAGUGCUCAUGAACAGCGACAAGUUCCUGCGAGUGCUGCGGCGAAUGGAGAAGAAGCUGAGUACACUGGGCGAGGCUCCCCCCGUCAAGGACGAGGUGGAGUACUUGGUUUGCAUCUUGGACCGCAGCUGCUGCCACGCCGACCUCGCCAAGAUUGCGCAGGAGCAGCUCUUCCGCCUGCUUUGCGUGCUGCCUUCCAGGGCGGAGACCUUGUCGGCGCGGCUCAUGGCCCUGCGCGCGCUGAGCCGCUGCUCCUUCGUGGCACCCGAGUGCAUGAAUGACUUCGGCGUCGAGGGGACUGCCUGCCUGCAGUACAUCAUGGCCGUGACGUCUUCCUUGAGCCUGGGGAGUUCCGAGACGGCCGAGAAGGCUGCGGUCCGCCGAAGGCUGAUUCAGGAGGUCAAGGAGUCUUUGGCGGCCAACGCGGCCCUGGCGCCGCUGGUGGAGCACUUCUCCAGGACAAUCCUCUGUGAGGCGGUGUCCGUGUCCCGCAGUGUUUGCCAUGGCGCCUAUGAGCAGCUGGACCUUCUGGGCAUGCUGCAAGACCUGCAGGACUCCUUCGAAGUCACGGUGGCAGACUUUGACCGGCUGGAUGGUAGCAAGGUGGAAGUGGCUGCAGCAGAACUCAUGAACAAGCUUGUUGCCUUGCUACAUGUCCUGCUGUGCACCAUGUUCCGGCAUGGCCGAGCCUCGCACAUGUACACGAAGGAUGCAGAUGAUGUAAAGGAGCGUGCCAAUGGAGGCUUCUCCGACGGCGAUGUGAAGGCCGCAGUGGACGGCCUGAUGCAGGUCCUUGACAAGGUGCAGGUCAUGCUUCAUCUAGGAAGUACUGACAAGGGCCAUGGUGGCAACCUUCCAGAGUUGCUUGCCACCGACAUCCGGGUCCUGUUCUACCUGACAGCUUUGCUCCGUGAGGCGUCCUGCAAGCCGUUGGAUUCCCCAUUCUUGCGGGUGACCCGAUCCACUGCCUACUUCGAAGUGCUGCACUCCUGCAUCAACCUGUCUCUAGCUCGCUUCCAGCGGGAGGCCAAGGGGCCCCCGCCCAGGGACCUGUGCGCGAACAAGCUGAAGGGCGGCCCCACAGAUAGCCCCCUGUCUCAGUUCAUGGACGACUUCGACCUGGGCCUCAUCUUUGAACACCUCAUCGUGUGCUUGAGGCACACCUUGGUGCAGGCCAUGUACAUCGCACCAGAGGUGAGCACCAAGCUCUUGCCCUGGGCUUGGGUGUCGCAAGAGCGGCUACCUAUGCACAAGGACAUCAUGAACUGGCUGCCGCAGAUUGUGAAGCGUUACAAGCACAUCUCCGCCAUCCGCACCGAGACGCUCCGCUACUUUGCCUGUGCCGCCUCCUACGAGUGUGCCCCCUUUGCACGCCCAGAGGACAUCACGAUUGAGGCCGUGGAGGACGACGACCGCUCCGUGACGGACUCGCCCAUGGCGUCGCCGACGGCCCACGGCGACGCCGGCGACGCCGCGGACCCAGGCGCGGGAGCGGCCGAGGUGCCGACGGGCCCCGCGGGUCCCGCAGCCGCGGGUCCCGCAGCCGCGGGUCCCGCAGCCGGUCCCGAGCGGGAGGCCCUGCACGACAGCUCCACGGAGACUCCGGUGGACCCGGCCAUCCGACUGCCCUUUGGCGGCUUGAUCUCCCUGAGGCAGAAGGAGCUCAGAAACUUCUUGGCCGAGGAACUGGAGAGAUCCGAGGACAUGUACUCUCUGUGCCUGGCCAUGCUGUGCGUUGCCAACUUUGCCGCCUACGAAAGGCGGGUGCUCGAGGGUCCGACCUCCAAGAAACUGGGCAAGCACCUCCCAGUGGAGGAGAUGUCUCGGCUGCUGCGUGGAGUUGUGAAAGUGCUGAAGCAAAUUCCGAGCUUCGACGACUGGGAUGUGGCAAACACUAUGACCUUGCAUGCUCUUCGUUUCAUUUGCAACUUGUUGGCCUUCGAGGUGGAGUUCAUCACCGCGGAGCUGCAGCAUCUCAACGCCUUGGAGGAGGUGAGCAAGUUGUUCGAGUACUGGUUCCACGACGAGGACAAGAUUGAGGACGACAAGCUGUACAUCCAGACGCUGCAGAGCUUCAUUCUGUUGGUGCGGAACUGGAGCUGCGGCAGCUGCCGGGCGGAGCUUAAGGUCAAGGAGAAGAAGGAGACUGCCACCUCACGCGAGGAGCGUGACUCUGCGGCGAGCUUGCUGAAGGUCUUCAAGUCGGGCAUCAACGUGCCGUACCUUAUCACUCUGACAAUGAAGUUCUCGAAGACGCUCAUCACAGGCAGACGGCCGAUUCCCAACAAGGACGAGGAGAGGGACAAAGUGAUUGGUGACGUGCUGGUGAUCCUGCAGACGCUGCUCAGGCGCACAGACACCCUCCAGAACAUGAGCUGGGAGAAGGUGGACAUCAUCGACUAUGAGAACUUCCUGUACGUCCUGAAAACUCACCGCCUAAGGCGCACCGAGAUUCUGGAGGAUGAGCAGAUCCUGAACACUUUAUACUUGAUGGUGAAGCAGGCCUUCCCCUUCAAGGGCCUGGUGUUUUUGGAGUAUUUGAUGGAGGUGGCGUAUGGGGACCACCGGGAGGAGCACACGACGCUGCAGGACAUGGCCGCGGUGUGCUGCGCCAUCAUCUCCACGCAAAACGCGACGGACGCGUCCACGCCCACGGUGAACGUGGCCAGCGUGGUGAAGGACAACGCCCAGUUUGUGCACGCGCUGGACCGAGUCCCGGAUCCCAAGAUGCAGAUCUGGCACUACCGUCUGCUCACCGGCUGGAGCCGUCGGCCCAAGGUGCUGGAUGACUUGGUGGGGGAUGCGGAGGCAUUGAAGUUCGUGGUGGACCACCUGCUGGAGACCCACUUGUGCCGCUACAGCGUGGUCAUCGUGCACAACAUCUCUAUGCUGCGGUCCGCCGCUCUGCUGAGCCCCGGGCACAUCUCCACCAUCUGCGAGGCCUACGCCCAGCUGGGCCCCGGCGCCACGCUGCACCGCGGGGACGAGCAGCAGCGGCGCCUGGUGCGGCGCCUGCUGCUGGCCUCUGUGAGGAACUGCCUUUGGCACGGCUCCGGCGCCGGCCUCAGCGACCCGGACAUGCUCAGCGUCAUCAACCUCGUGGCCUGCAUUGAGGAGCAGGAUUUGCCUUUCUACAUGGCCAUGACCUUGUACCUCUCUGAGGGCUGUGAUCUGAACCGGAUUCGUGAGGCCAUGUACGUCCGGCCGCAGCUGGAGCUCAUGGUGCGGUGCAUGCAUCAGACAGCCUCUACCAUCUACGGGGAGAAGGACAAAGAAGAGAUCGAGAAGAUGUACUGCCUCAUCACAGAGGAGGAGGCGGCCAGGGCGGAGCAGUACGACGCGUUGAUGGAGCACAGCGAGGCCAUCGCCAAUGCUCCAAAGAAGCAGACGGAGGCGUACAAGAGGCUGCUGGCGAUCCCCGGAUCUCCGGCGGCCAGAGGUUUGGGGAAGAGCGCGAGUUUGUACCAGCGGAAGCGGCGGGGCAAACAUCCGGCGGCGGCGGGGCGUCUCGGAGACCCCAUGGCCACCACUUCCUCCCGGAAGUUCUCCGAGGCGGAGGAGAAGCGGGGCCAGCUGGAGUUCCUGUACUUCGCGUCGGUGGAGCUCCUCACCUUCGGCACCUUCGCGGACGGGGAGGCGGUGCCGGCGGAGUCCGACCCGCACCGCGCAGAGGUCGUGGAGGCCCUGGACGACGCCUUUGCCACGUACACCUUGAACAACUUCCUGAGGACCAUCCUGGAUCUCAUCGAGCAGCACAAGAAGAUGAAGCUGGUGCUGUCCGACAUGUUCGUGCAUGUGACCACCAAGUUCCUUUGGCACUGCUGGACACAGGACAUCUUCAGGCAGUAUGUGGACACCGGCCCGAAUCUGCAGAUCCUGGCGCAGCUGGUGCCCUUCCUGAUCAGCUGGCCCAACGAGGACACGCAGACCAUGAUCGGGGAGGUGUGUUUGUACGCGGGGCUGCACCGCUUCCCCACGGUCUGCGACAUCUUGCUGGCCGAGUACCGGGAGUACCCCGAGCUGGCCUGCGCUAUGCUCACCCGCUGCAUGAUCAGCCCCAGCGAGGAGACUGGCCUGAAACCCAAGCAGGCCAUCAACUUCCUCAAGAUCUUCGUUUCGUUGCUGCGGGAGCGGGCGCUGAGCCACACGGGGCUGAAGCGCCUGGCUGUGGGCCUGGAGACGGCGCUGCUCAUGGACAGCCCCAAGGGGCUUUGUGGCAUCCUUGCGCAACGUGAGCACGAGCUGCUGGCCGAGCUGUUGGAGGCGUUGUCCUCCUACCAAGAAGCGGCCGCCGCCCCGGGCCGGGAUUCAUGCUUGUGCCGAAGGUUUCUCAUGCGGCAGCAAGGCAUGGGCACAGGUGACACGGGUGACAAGGGCGACUGGCCGACUAGCAGCGUCUUUCGCUUUGCGUCGGCGGACAAGCAGGCCGAGAGGAAGAAGGCGCGGGAGAAGAUCAAAGACGAGCACGCGCGCUUUCACCGUGAGCUGGAGGAGAAGCGCAAGCGAUUGAACAAGGAGCUUCGGGACCAGGCCCAGGAGGAGAAGCUGAUGGAGGAGGAGGUGAGCAAACUGCAAAAGGAGGCUGAGCACGCUUCCUCCAACCCGUCCAAGCCCGGAGUGUUGAACUUCAUUGAAGCCCCAGCCCACGUUUACGUUUGGCUUGCCCCCGUCUUGGCGGCAGUGGGUGCGGGGGUCGCAGUUUCUCGUUACCAGGCUGCAGUGAAGCAGUGCAUGGUGGUUGCGCUCACCCGGACCGUGGGCAAGCACUACAAGGCUUUGCCGGAGCUGGACGACUUCAUCCUGCGUAUGCUGGACAUGUCUGUGCCACUCCUUGACGCUGAGUUCACCCUCUACAUGCCCGUGCUCUACAAGUUGGCCUCCGAGGGAACGCGGGUGCAGGGGCCCAUGCUCACGCGGAACAUUCACCUGCGUGUGGCCCGCUUGCUGGAGCAGGCCGUGGCCGGACCCACAGCUUGUACUCGUGGCGGUUCAGUGUCGUUGUUUGUCGGACGUUUCAACUCCGGCGCCUGGUUUGGUGUUCGGGGGGGACAAGUUGUUGCUUGGGAUUUGAUCUAG